ACGUUUCUCACUCUCUUUUUCUCUCUCAAAAUAUCUAUCAUCAACACCACACCACAAAACACUGCCAUUUUCCACUCCAUCGAGACAAAGAAUCUCUUCACAAAACCAAUAACAGUACCUCCAUCAUGAACUCCAUCCUUUCCUCUUCCUCCAUCUCCACCACCGUCUCCGGCAGUCCCUCCUAACCCUCCCCCACCGCCCUCUCCUCCCCUUCACCACCUCCCUCCUCCAUCACACAACCCUAAUAUGAGUACCCUUGAAGACUCCCUAAGAUCUCUUUCCCUUGACUACCUCAACCUCCUCAUCAACGGUCAGGCCUUCUCCGAUGUAACCUUCAGCGUGGAGGGUCGCCUAGUCCACGCCCAUCGAUGUAUCUUAGCUGCCCGGAGCUUGUUCUUCAGGAAAUUCUUCUGUGGGCCCGACCCACCAUCAGGGCUAGACCCCGGAGCAUCCCGGAUGAGCCCGGCCUCGUUGGGUUCCCGGCCGGCGGUGAUACCAGUGAAUUCAGUGGGGUACGAGGUGUUCCUUUUGCUCCUACAGUUCUUGUACAGCGGUCAAGUCUCGAUUGUGCCUCAGAAGCACGAACCCAGGCCUAAUUGUGGGGAAAGAGGGUGCUGGCACACCCAUUGCACCUCCGCUGUUGAUCUCGCCCUUGAAACUCUUGCGGCAGCAAGAUACUUUGGGGUUGAACAGCUUGCAUUGCUUACUCAGAAGCAAUUGGCAAGUAUGGUGGAGAAGGCAUCCAUUGAUGAUGUAAUGAAAGUGUUGAUAGCUUCAAGAAAGCAAGACAUGCAACAGCUUUGGACAACUUGUUCUCACCUUGUUGCCAAAUCCGGCCUCCCUCCGGAAGUCCUAGCCAAACACCUCCCCAUUGAAGUCGUGGCCAAAAUCGAAGAGCUCCGCCACAAAUCCUCCUUGUCCCGCCGCUCCUUGCUACCCCACCACCACCAUCAUCAGUAUCACCAUGACCUCACAGCAGCGGCUGAUCUAGAGGACCAGAAAAUUCGCAGGAUGAGAAGAGCAUUGGACUCAUCCGACGUUGAACUUGUCAAGCUCAUGGUCAUGGGAGAAGGAUUAAAUCUUGAUGAGGCAUUGGCCUUGCAUUAUGCCGUGGAGAACUGUAGCCGGGAGGUCGUUAAAGCUUUGCUAGAGCUUGGUGCAGCAGAUGUUAACUACCCGGCAGGACCUGCGGGGAAGACUCCGCUGCACAUUGCGGCUGAGAUGGUGUCCCCAGACAUGGUUGCAGUACUUCUGGACCACCACGCAGACCCUAAUGUAAGAACAGUUGAUGGGGUCACUCCACUGGACAUUCUACGAACCCUAACCUCAGAUUUCUUGUUUAAAGGUGCUGUCCCGGGGCUAACCCACAUUGAACCAAACAAGCUAAGGCUUUGCCUUGAGUUAGUUCAAUCUGCAGCUCUGGUUAUUUCCAGGGAGGAAGGCAGCGUCAAUGCUGCGACUUCCACUACCAUUUAUCCUCCCAUGAAUGAUCAGGAACAUAAUAGCAGCAGUGGUGGCAGUGGUGGAACCAAUCUUGCUAACCUUAAUUUGGAUUCAAGAUUAGUUUAUCUUAAUCUCGGUGCUGCAGGUUCUGCACAAAUGGGAUCCAGAAUGGAGGGUGAUGAAGAUAGCAGCCAAAAUAGCCAAAGUGAUGCAAUGAGGAGACAUGACCCAACAAUGUACCAUCACUCCCAUGAGUUCUAAUCCAUCCUUUAAAUAUCUUUCUCAUUUUAUAUAUAUCUCAUUUCUAUAUAUAUAGAAUCCGUGAAUGGUGAAAGACAAGACCAAAACUAGAUUGUUGGAUGAUUAUAAUUUUAAUCAUUGGUAUGCUUUCACUUGGGUAGUUUUUUUAUAUGCGGAGAACUUAGCACUUUGCUAUUACAGAAUUUUGAAUUCUUAAUUUUAGAUUAUUUCAAAUUAUGGUUUUCACAUGGGUGUUUCUUUUUUUUUUUCCCCCUUUGUCUUUUUUCCCCUUGUUUUGGUGAUUUUUGUAGGUUUUCAUGGUCAUGAUUUGAAGUGAAAGUUUGAUUGGAGAUGGAAUUUUAUUUUUUUGCUCAAAGGAUGAGACAUGAAGAAUCUGAGAUUUGCAAUGUGUACAUGUUGGGGGUGAUGGAGGAGAGACGCAGGUCAAUCAUUUCAAACCCCGGCCUGUCAACUUCUUUGUAUUUAUUUAUUGACAACAUCUAAUUUCAUGCCUAUUUAUUCUUGUCCUUUAUUUUUCUUGUCCCCCACCCCACCCACCUUUCCAUCACACACCCAAACACACCCUAUUUAUCCCCAUAUUGAUUAGAAUAUAAAUGUUGAUUAGAAUGAAGAUUUUGGAUCCUAAUUAAUGGAGGUGGAGUUUCUUUGUUUCUCUUAGGCUUUGUUCGGACAUGAGUAUUUCUAUUAUCUACAUUUUUCUAAUGAAGGAAAUUAAGCUGUCUUUCUUCCCUCUUCUCCUUCUCCCGCAUCCCCCAGCACUUAUGAAGACGCUUGAUUAAUGGGUACAUUGUGUUUUUGUGCUAAAUUAUUUUAGAAAAGAUGAUGUGAGUAUGGACAAUUUGAUUGGUUGUCUUGCAUGUAGGCAACAUCAAUUGAUUCCCUCCAUGUAAUCCUUCCUUUUGUCCCCCUUGCCAUUUUUGGCUUCCUAUAUUAUUUCUCAGAAAAACUUACGGAUAAAACACUUAGCUUUGC